AGCAGUUCAUUCAUGGCUGCCCCAACCUUCUCUCUUUUCCCACACAAUAACCCCUUUUUAUUACUCGCUUCAGUUUUGCCUCUUCGUUUUUUUUUCUUCAAUACAAAGUAUAACUCUUGCUUACGUAAAUUCUCCUCUUUUGUGCUUUUUCCUUGUACUGAUUGCCAUUUUCUUUACUGGGUGCGUAAGCAAUUGAGCGGGCAGCAAUGGGAGGAGGGGUGGCUCAAAGUUUCAAUAUUUAUCUUCUUAUUGUGUUUCUGCUUCUUCUUUGCUUGCAUGAAUCCUGUUGCACACCGUCAAAUUAUCUCAAAGGUUCUGUCAUGAUGGAUAAAAGAGUGGAUGCACUUUUGCCUGAGAAUUCCCCAACUGCAGCUCCUCUGCCCCUACUUCCUCUUCUGGCACCUUCUCCGUUGACACCAUUUACGAAUAGCACUGUCCCAAAAUUAUCUGGGCUCUGUAUGCUGAACUUUACAGCUGUUGGAAGCAUGAUGAGUGUGACAUCAACUGAUUGUAUGGCUGGAUUCGCACCAUAUCUAGCUAAUGUAGUGUGCUGUCCACAACUGGAAGCCAUAUUGGUCAUUCUCAUUGGUCAAUCUAGUAAAUAUACGAAUACAUUUGCUCUGAACGGGACACUUGCGACUCAUUGCCUGUCGGAUAUUGAGAAAAUUCUGGUGAGUCAAGGGGCCAAUGACAGUCUACCAAAUAUAUGCUCUAUUCAUCCGUCAAAUCUUACUGAAGGUUCUUGCCCGGUUAAUGACGUUAGUGGGUUUGAGAGCACAGUAGAUACAUCUAAGCUUCUUGCUGCCUGUGGGAAAAUAGAUGCUGUGAAUGAAUGUUGUGAGCAGGUUUGUCAGAAUGCUAUAUCAGAAGCUGCUAAAAAGCUUUCUCUAAAAGUUUAUGAUUUUCUGAGCCUGGAUGGUACCCACACAUUGUCUGACCACUCAACUAGGGUCAGUGAUUGUAGAAGUAUCGUUCUCCGUUGGCUGGCAAGUAAACUUGAUCCUUCUCAUGCAAAAGAAAUUCUUCGAGGAUUAUCUAAUUGCAAAAUUAAUAAAGUGUGCCCUCUGGAUUUCCCGAACAUGAGUCAUCUCAUAAAGGGGUGCAGUAACGGAAUAAGUAACCAGACAGCGUGUUGCAUUGCUGUCAACAGCUAUGUGUCUCGUCUGCAAAGGCAGAGCUUCGUCACCAACUUGCAAGCUUUAAAUUGUGCAGCAUCACUUGCGCUAAAAUUGCGGAAAGCAAACAUCUCAGAAAAUAUCUAUAAUAUGUGUGAUAUUGGCCUCAAGGAUUUCUCCCUCCAAGCUGGCACACAAGAAUCCGGAUGCCUUUUGCCUAGCUUACCAUCAGAUGUAAUAUUCGACCAGUCUGCAGGGGUCACCUUCCUCUUUCUCGUGUAUUAAUUUUUUUAAAAGAAAGUUCAGAAGGUGAUUGAAUUUCUGGUUAAGUAUCACUACUUAGAUGGCUUGGAGUCUGAAGUUCAGUUCCAGUGGUGUCAUGACUCAUGGAUAUUGCACUUGUAGUUAAUGUGAAUACUUGUUUUUUCCC